AUGACAGUCUCUUACGGGAAGAAAUUACGACAUCGACGAAGUGUUUUCGGUCUUUGGAUCCCGACCAAAGUUGUUGCCCACCGGAGCAAACCCAACGCAUCUCCCCCUGACUCUGCAGCAUCAGAUAGUCCUGCUUCCCGCGAAUCUAUCGCCACUGGGGCCAAUAGAGGCCUGUUCCGAGGUCGGCUCACCAGAAGCCGCUCCAAGAUUUUGUUUUUUCUGGGACUAGGAACUUUUUCCAACAGUAAGCUCAUGAAGCUCCCAAAGCUGCCUGCAAAAGUGGAUGGUAUCGUUGAUCAUGAGUUGCAGGCAAUAAAGCGAGCGCCGGAUCUGACUCAUGUGAAGCUGUUCGUGGUUCAGAACAAGACCAAAGAAUAUCAUCCACAGCCUAGUUCAGUCUAUGAGAAUGAUUGUUGUUACACCGAGAGUGAAUCUCAAUCUACCACCACGUCCGACAACGCUCAAUUAAACAUUGCCGGGACAUUAUACACAAGCGAUUAUGAUGUUGUAUCUCCGACUCGCAAGAUUAACGCACAGCUUGACGGGGAAGAUGCCCCUCAAAGUGGGAUUGAGAGUGAUGAGGGCGGCUCCAGUCUGGCGGCGGAAGCACAAAGCCUUUCGGGCUUGAACCUCGUGGACCGGGUUUCUCAGAGACUUUCAGUAACAUUUGGCCACCCUACCGUUGUUCGCCGAGCUCAUUUGCGGUCAAGACCAAGCAUUCUUUUUCUCGAUUCUCCAGUCACAACCAGCUCGAGCAAGCAAGGGGAUGGUGCGAAUGACAGCUCGGAUCCAUCGACAACGCCAAGUAGCAAUAGCUCCCCCGUCAGUUAUUCCACACAGUCGACGCCACUCACAUCUGGGGAGCCAAGUCCUUCUUCUGAAAAGUUCAAAGCCUCUCAUACAGAAUGGUCCGCCCUACCAGGCUGCGUUGCCGAUCAGGGCUCCUCUUCUGGCACGAAAUCACCCACCAUUACGCCAUCUAUUGUCACGGUAGAAAAUGCCGCUGUGGCCAAGGUAUACUUGGAGCUUUACUUCAACUCAAUCUUUGAAAACCUGGAUCCACGUGUGGAGCGUCAACAUGAAUUAGAGCAACAUAUCUACGCUUUUCAGCUCUCUCCCGAGGAGCAGAGUGCUGUCAGACGAACCUGGGCGGUGCAAGAAAAUGAGUACCUACGUCAAUGUCGGACUCUCAAGACCUGCAUGAAGUCUUCUCAUGCAGUGUCUAUCGCUGGAUAUGAGGUGAUCAAAGUCCUGGGCAAAGGGAGUUUUGGCGUGGUGCGCCUCGUCCGUGAAAAGGGAAAUAAUAAGACGACCGCAGCUGACGAGACUUCAGCACGGGAUGCAAGUACUAUUAGCUCAAGAGGAAGACACCUGGAGAUGUUGAGAUCGGCAGUCGAUGGGACCAGACACAGCCGGCGAAAAUUUAUGACGGGGGAAAAGAAGGAAGUAUACGCGAUGAAAGUGAUCAAAAAAUCUGAUAUGAUACGCAACUGUCAGGAGGGCCACAUUCGAGCCGAGCGAGAUUUUCUGGUUGCAUCCGAGAAGUCUCGCUGGGUUGUACCCCUGAUUACAAGUUUUCAGGAUAGCAGUCAUCUUUAUCUCGUUAUGGACUAUAUGGUUGGUGGAGACUUCCUCGGUCUGUUGAUUCGCAAGGAUAUACUUCAUGAAGAAUGGACGAGAUUCUACAUUGCUGAAAUGGUUCUCUGCAUUGAAGAGGCCCAUAGGCUUUGUUGGAUUCACCGUGAUGUCAAGCCGGACAACUUUCUGAUUUCUGCCUCUGGUCACUUGAAAAUCUCUGAUUUCGGACUGGCUUUCAACGGGCACUGGGCCCACGAUCAGACCUAUUACAACAAUCACCGGUACUCUCUCGCGGACAGACUAGGCAUUCCUGUUAUGGGCGAUGUUGAAGACCAAACGCAAGCCGCCGAAGCAAUGAAUCAAUGCGUUCCGGAAGUUAGACCGCAGGGCUUGGGUGAUUAUUCCAAAUAUCAAGUGCCGUCAACGGAUCUCCUUGAAUGGCGCAACAGCAAAGAGAGGCGGCGGUUUGCAAAGAGUGUUGUUGGAACCAGUCAGUAUAUGGCUCCAGAGGUGAUUCGAGGCGAAAUGUAUGAUGGGCGAUGCGACUGGUGGAGUUUGGGUAUUAUUUUAUAUGAGUGCUUGUAUGGGUUCACCCCUUUUGCUUGUGAAAAUCGGCACGACACUAAAAUAAAAAUCCUGCAACAUUCAAAGACUCUUCAAUUCCCCCGAGAAAAGCCCACAGACAAGCUGGUAUCUCAGGAUGCAAUUGACCUUAUGGGACGAAUCCUCCGGGAGCGUGAAUUUCGACUCUGUUCGCAGAAAUAUCACGCCAAUGAUAUGUUAACGGGACGUCCUGUUUGCGCUCAAUUCCUGUACUCCAUGGACCCUCGUUAUAGGAACAUCACCAGCUACUGGGUAUACCCCAAUGACGCAGCCGAUAUCAAGGCUCACCCUUUCUUUAGAGACAUCCGUUGGAAUGAGCUCCAUCUUAGCCAGCCCCCAUUAAUCCCGCGAGUCAAAAAUUGGGAAGAUACUCGAUAUUUUGAUGACUGGAAGACUGUCGGAAACAUCAAUCCAGAGCCAGAGAAUAGCGACUCAAGUGAGACAGAGGAUGACACCGACGUCCAGCUAUUGCCAGGAGCCGAUCCUGCAGAUUCCACGGCUCCUCCGCCUCCGGAACAAUUGAAAGGGUCAAAUGAAAUCGCAGCAAAAGUACCCAAAGCCCAGAAGGCUGAGAAUAAACGGGAGAAGAAGCGUCCACGCGACAAAAUUUUGCGGGACAAGAAAAUCGGCAGAGCGGCUUUAGAAAUUCGGAAGAGGGGUGCAUUUUUGGGAUAUACAUAUCGCCGACCGAAGGGCCCAGCCAUGGCACUCAGUGCGGAAAGAGGUCGCCAGCCAUUCGUGAGAGGAGCCUUGACAGACCUAUAUGCUCUAUGA